AUGUCGCCCGUCCUAUCGAGCCUUGUUGUCGCAAUGUUGCUCUGCAAUGAUGUAUGGGAAGUAUAUGGAGUAGCAGUGGGGAGCGAGAGCUUGUGUAUGACAUGCAUCUCUGAGUUCUCCGGCUCGAUUGUGAGCAGAAUGAUGCGAAACGCGACGAUGGCGCCCUUUGAGACUCCAUCGGCUCUAUCACGGCCACUCUCCCUAGCUUCGCCGCCCCCUUUGCUUACUACGGCCUCGUUCGCAUCUUCCACCGGCGGAAGCACGCUCCCAAAUUCCAUAAGCACCACACUGGCGGUAGCAGUUGCGAGCUCGACCGCGCCGUCCGCAACGGCGAAACCAAACCACGAAUUACCAACCAGCGCAAAGAUUGGCAUCGGUGCGGUCGUGGGAGUUCUCGGGCUUGCCCUCUUUCUUGUAGCUUUCGAAGCGUGCUACUUGAGGAGGAGGCGAAGGACAAGAGCUCUCGAGAGGGCUGUCGAAGAAGUAGAAAGGGGCAUGGAUAAGGGAAGUGAGGAGAGGAUUGUGCUCGAGAGCCGAGUGUCGAUUGUGUUUGAAGACGAUGGUCAUGAGGAGGAAGAACAAGAGAGGGGGAGAAACGGGAUGUCACUGCCCCGAAGGUUAUGA